CAACCAAUCUCUAUCACUGCCUGGACGCUUCUUCCUAUAUAAGCCGCUGCCUGCUGCGUCGCAGCAGCUCUCGGCACCAGCACAUCGCCGGAGCAGCGCAGAGGAGCCGGCGGCCGGAGGUCGGAGCCUGACCGGAGGAAGGCGCCGAAGCGCGCGCGAGAAGCACGGCUCUCUUGGCGGGAUCAGCUCGUACCCGUUCCCAGGAGCUACCUCGGACGGCAUGGAUGCGGGGGACGCCAUGGAGAGGGGCGAGCGCACGCGGCUCCGGCCCAAGCUGCUCGCUCUUCCAUCAGGCCUCGGGCGCUCACCGUCCAUGGGCACUCCACGCCACCUGACACUGACGCCCCACACACCGUCCAGGAGCACUCCACGCCGGCGGACGCCCCGCACGCCGGAUCGGCUACGAUGGACGAUUGGAGCGAGGAGCCCAGUACCAGGAGGCACGGAAAAGUUUUCUCCAUUGCAGGGUCACAGGCCAGAUCCUCAGGACGAUAGCUUGCAAGUGCCGCUCCUGAAUGAAAAAGAAUGCACCGGCAGCAAGGCGCCAAUGGUAGUUCUCGGGUUCGAGUGCUUGGAGAGCACAGCGUUCAAUGGCAUCUCGACGAACUUGGUGAUGUACAUGGAGACCGUCCUCCACGGCAGCAACCUGGCCAGCGCCUCCAACGUCACGAUGUGGUUUGGCACCAGCUACCUGACGCCGAUCUUCGGCGCCAUCAUCGCCGACGCCUUCUGGGGCAACUACAACACCAUCCUCGUAUCCCUCACCAUCUACCUUCUUGGAAUGAUCCUGGUGACCUUCUCCGCAUUCAUGCCGGCAGCCACGGUGCUCGCUGCCUCCUCGGUGUUCAGCGCGCAGACCGUAGCGUUCGUGGGGCUGUACCUCGUCGCGAUCGGGAGCGGCGGUGUGCGGUCGUCGCUGCUGCCGUUCGGCGCGGAGCAGUUCGAUGACGACAACGCGACCGACCGGGAGAGCAAGGGGUCCUUCUUCAGCUGGUUCUACCUCUGCGUCGACUUCGGCCCGAUCGUCUCUGGUCUCUUCAUCGUGUGGAUCCAGGAGAAAGUCAGCUGGGGCCUCGGCUUCGGCAUUUCCACCGCCUGCCUCGCGCUCGCCUUCGCCGCCUUCGUGCUCGCCACGCCCAUGUACAGGCCCGUAUCUGGGCACGUGCAGGCCAUCACCAAGGCCCAAUCCAUUGUUUCGCUCAGGGCCCCCGAAUUUGCCGGUACGGCCCUGCCCAUGUACAAGCUCCCCGUGCCCACGGACAAGGAACCCGCCGACGCUGGCACGCUCUGCGAUGACGGCGACAAGGUGGACAUCAUCUGCGAGUCGGCGGACUUGAAGGAUAUACCGGAGGAGGCGGGCUCGUCGUGGAGUCUCCGCACCAUGCUGCAGGGGGAGGAGCUCAAGAUCCUGCUGCGGCUACUGCCCAUCUGGGUCACCAGCAUCGUCAUGUCCUCGGCGUACACGCAGAUGAACACCACCUUCAUCCAGCAGGGCAACGCCAUGAACGUGUCCAUCCUGUCGGUGAAGGUGCCGGCGGCGUCGAUGGGCUCAUUUGAGGUGGUCUGCGUCCUGACAUGGGUGCUGCUUUACAGCAAGGCGAUCGUGCCGGCGCUGAGGGAAAGCGGAUUCUCGUUCGGCGGCAGCGGCGAGCCGACGCAGCUGCAGCGCAUGGGCGCCGGCCUGCUCCUCAUGGCUCUAGCAAUGGCGAUCUCGGCGCUCGUGGAGAUGAAGCGGCUCGGCAGCGCGGCGCGCGGCGAGGAGAUCACCAUCGCGUGGCAGAUCCCGCAGUACUUCUUCCUGGCGGGCGCGGAGGUGUUCUGCUACAUCGCGCAGCUGGAGUUCUUCUACGCCGAGGCGCCGGAGACCAUGAAGAGCACGUGCACGUCGCUGGCGCUGCUCACCAUCGCGCUGGGCAGCUUCCUGAGCUCGUCCAUCUAUGCCAUCGUGGCGGCGUUCACGGCCACGGGGGGUAGUGCAGGGUGGAUCUCCGACAACCUCAACCAGGGACACCUCGACUACUUCUUCUGGGCCAUGGCCGCCAUGUGCACACUCAACUUCUUCGUGUACACCGCCUUCGCCAAGAACUACAAGCUGAAGAAUCAAGACUCCGUUCUCAUGACAUGAUUAGCAGCUGCUCUGUUUGCUUCUCGUAUCUUGUCCAUUGUCCAUAACAAUGUUGCCCAAUUGCCAAGUUCUUGCUCCAUGGUUAGUAUAUCUAUCGAUAGGAAAUGUACAGAACAGAGGUAUUGUAUAAGAAUAUAACGGAUGAUUUUUCCCUA